UCAACAUGGAGAUCUAUACACAAAUCAUUUUUCUGAACAUGUUGAACGAUAAAAACCCGUAUUUGAAGAUGAUUUAUUGCAAAUAACGUUACCUCUAACAUCAAGCCGGAAACCAUGUUACUACUUAAUCCAACCUUUUGCUUCAGGAUGAGAUAACAGACAACGCGCCACAAUGUCCACCCCACAGCCUGGUGUCCGGCACACUGAAACACCAUCGGAGAAAGAAGACAUCUCCUCCAACAUAGCCGCCAGGAAUGCCAUUGGGUACUUCGAGCGUUACGAACGCUAUGAAUGCCAGGAGCUUCUUGCGUAUUCAUCCUCCCAUUGGAUGCUCUCAACGGAUGACUUCAAACUACCUACAGAGCCCCCUAGUGGACUCAUAAGUGCUAUGCCACCGAUAGCGCAAAACAGCUGUGUCUUCAUGGUUCCAGAGGACCCUGACGUCGCUGCUUUAGAUUUACGUGAAAUUCAUCAAAUUAUCCGUGAAUUGACAAUCGGGAUUUAUUCUUUGAAUCAGUUGCCGACAGUCGCUUUGGAAGCAAACUUUGAUCAGAGUACGAGCAUUCAGCUUCCGCCUGCAUACCUUGACACUAAAGUCGGCCAGGUUUUGUCCAAUAUAGACUACAUGAUGAAAGCCCUAUGGCAUGGUGCAUAUUUCCCAAAGGAAAAAAGGACUAAGUUUACUGAAAGAUGGCGCUCAAAUCUAGAUGUGAAUUCGAAUGGGAAGCCGGAGACGAAAAAACCUCUGAUUACAGAAUUUACAAGUGCAGGCAUGCUGGACAUCACAAAAGAUCCAGAUUAUGCAGACGUCUACGAUAAACUCCCCGAAGAACAACCAGGUGACAUUGAAAUGGCGGAAGAGCGUCGAUUCUUCAUGUCACGUGUGGAGGACCUCUCGAUGCAGAUUACGGCAUUUCAAAAAACUGUGCAGCUACACCACAACUUAUUCGUACUGGAUCCUGAUUGGUUGGUUAGUAGUGUGGUUCAUAUCCUGGAGGAUAAACUGGACCAGCACGGUUACGAGCGUCUGAAUGCUCGGCUUCAGAUGCAUCAGACAUUAGUCAAGGAAUCCCUCACGAAUAAAGUGGAAGUGCGCCGACAAAUCGGAUUACUCAAGUUGAUUAGUUUUUUGGUGCCGUUUUUAGUUGCGAUGAGGAAGAAAAUGAAAGUACCGGAGUUGAAUCAGUUGUUACCGCCGCUUGUUGGUGAUGAAAUCCGCACGGAGAGGGAGUACCCCCCACUCAUCCUGGGAUCAGACUUCAAGUGUAAAAACUUUGGGUUUCAUGGACAAUACUUUCACCUGCAUGGGGGUAUUGUGAUUGAUCACGAGACGCCAGUGCCGACCACUCCCUCCACUUCCAUCCUGGAGGAGUACGAGACGAUAACAUUAGAAGCGUCCCGUGCCAAUUCCAAGUAUCUCCAGCCAGAUCUGCCUCUACAGGAAUCCUAUCAUUUGCCCUCGUUUGAGUUCGAUGGCAAAAACUACACCGUUUUUGCUCUCGAAUUCGAGACGUAUUACCCACAAGUCCCUCAGAAGCCGAAGUGGGUGCAAAUCAUGGCGGAGGAAAUCGCGAAACUCAAACCCAAACGGCUGCCGCUCUCUGAUAUUCAUACUCAUGAACAGUUCAAGAAGUACUUUGGUUACAAAAAGGCUAUCAAAUAUAAGACACUGCCCAACGGAUUGAAGGCAGCCUCCCAGCGAGGCCUCACAGCGAUGUUCAUGACGCUUUGCCGCAAGUGUCCAGCCUCGCGACUAUCCAAACAAGACGAAGUCGGAAUGUCACUGAUACACUAUGCAUCGAUGUGGAAUCGGCCGCAGAUUAUCACGACGCUCAUUCUCCAGGGGAUCGACGUCAAUGUGCGGCGACAUAGCUUACAGGCAACAGGUCCCACCGCCCUCCAUCUUUCAUGUCGCUGCGGAUCUCUUGACGCGGUUGCCUGCCUCCUUGCUAACUGUGCGAACAUCCUGGCAGCGGACCGAGAAGGCUGGGCCCCCAUCCACCAUGCCGCUUUCUUCGACCACGAGCCAGUCAUCAAACUGCUGGUGCACAAACACGACACAUUGCUUGAGCUACAAACAAGAAGCGAUAUGCACUCCACCCCUCUCCUUCUGGCAGCCAGUUCUGGGGCCCUGAGUGCCGUCAAAUGUCUCAUUGAAUUAGGUGCUGGGAUCACGCGCAAGGACGACGGCGGUAACAACAUGGUCCAUCUGGCGGCGCUGCGGUUCCAUACGAAUGUGCUGGAAUACUUCAUCAAAUGGAAUCACCCAGAUGUUCAUGUUUGGAAGUUGUUAGUGGGUAUGAUGAGGGAUAAGGAUCUCCGGAAGAAGGAUAGUGCCGUCAAGUGCCUUGAAGUUCUGUCAACAUCUGAGGAUGAUCACUGGACCUACAUCUUGGAAGCAGAUGGGGUCCCAGCUCUCGUCGACCUACUCAAGAUUGAUAACGAGGAGCUACAAUCCGUUGCUGCAUCUGUCCUCUGUAACAUCUCGGAGCAUGCUCCUGUCCGCCAGUCGCUGACCAAAGCAGAUGCAGGGCCAAUCCUGAUCCAGCUGUUAGCAUCACCUGUCGAUGACAUCCAAUCACGUGCUGCCAUUGUCUUGGCAGAUUUGGCGUGCGUUGAUAAUAAUCAGACGGCUAUAGCAGGAAUUGGCGGCAUCCCACCGUUGGUGAAUCUCUUGGACUCGGAGCUGGAGGACGUGUUGGUAAAUGCUGUCAACGCAAUUCGCGUCCUCUGCGACAACAAUCAGUCGAAUCAAACGGAGGUUGCAGUGAAUGGAGGCUUGGAACCACUUGUCGAGUUCUUGACCAUCAGUUCAGACAUGUUACAGGCAGCAGCGGCGGCUGCUCUUGCUGCUGUUUCUAAGGGUCACCGUGACAACCAAGAUGCCGUGGUUGGAGAGGGUGCUGUCAAGCCCCUCGUCGAUCUCAUCAAAGGACGUAAUGUCACUGUCCAAGUGAAAGCAGCGAGUGCCCUGGAAGCCCUCGCAAACGACAACGCGGACAGUCAGAAGGCAUUCCUGGACCUGGACGCGCCGAAAGCUCUCAUCAAGUUACUCAAGAUUUGGUCAGUGGAGGUACGAGAGCAGGGCGCCCUUGCCCUGUGGGCGCUGGCAGGUCAUACGACGACACGACAGAAAUACAUCGCAGAGAGGAUCGGAAUCCAACAACUCAUUGAGAUUCUUCUCAUCAACUCAGAGAAGCUUCAGUAUGUUGGUUGCAUGGCGAUGAUUGCCCUUGGCAGGGAGAACAUAGAUAACCAGAAGAAGAUAUCGGAAGAAGGCGGCAUCCAACCUCUAGUGCGUCUCAUCAGAUCAGGAAAGGCAUCAGCCCGGGUGCUGCAUAUGGCGAUCAGGACAUUAGGGACACUCUGUGUGGGUGUUGCUCACAGGAACAACAAAGUCACUCAGAGACGUAUAACAGAAGAAAACGCCAUGGUUACGUUAGUACAGCUCCUUGUCAACCCACCAAACAUUGAGAUCCAAGUCGAGGUCGCGAGUACUUUAGGAUGUCUCGUACUCAGCAACGCUGAUAGCCAGGAACGCCUGAAGGAACACACCGAUUUCCAGUUUGAGAUUCUGUUGGACUUGCUCAAGUCGCCCGACAAGGACAUUGUGCUCAAAGCUGGUAAAGCUCUGACGAUCUUUGCCUUCAACAACACGCCACAGCAGUACGCAAUCCGGGAGGCGGGUGGUAUCAAAUACUCAGUGUUCCAGGACUUCAUAGACAGCGACAAUGACUUCUAUAAGUGUAGUGCUGCAUUUCAGAUUGUCGUGCUUGCACGUGUGAUCAUUGACCGAGAUCAAGUCUCCCUCACCGCCCUCGGCGUAACGACACUGGUGGAAACUCUGAGUUCAAAAGAUGACAACGCUGUGAUCCUGGCAGCGAGUCUCAUGUCCAGUCUCGCUCACACCAGGGCCGGGAUUCCCGAUGCCAUGAUCACGACAGGGUCAAUAGAAGUCCUCGUCGCUUUGCUCAAGUCUGAGAACGAACUUGUACGUGGGGCGUGUGCUGUUGCCCUUGGUUACCUGUCGUUUAAUCGUACGGCUGCCCGGAUGUUACUCGUGUGGUGUCGUAACACACCAGGACUGUAUAAACAGAUGAUGGACAAUAUCGGGAAGAAUGCGAAGAUAAGCCCGGAGUUUACUGAUGAUUUCCGACGAGCUAAGAUUGUUGGUUUACCAUCGCAGAGCUUGGAGAUAAAUGGAGGGCCACCUGUGAACCCACCGAUCAAGAAACUAGAUCUCAUAAUUCCACCAAUCACAGACGGACCAAGACCCGGAACGACCCAGAGUUUCCUCGGUCUCAGACGCUACAACAACCGUAACACUAAUGCCACGCGGGCGAUAUCUGCACCGGCCAAUAUGCAGCGCUCACUGAGUAUACAACGCGAACAGACAAUCCCGGCGAUUGUCGCAAAGAAGCAAGCAAAAGCAGCGGGCGAGCCGCUGCGCCGGCUGACGAAGGGUAGCGGACGCCCAAUGGCAAAAAUGGAGGAGAUUCAGGUUUGGAACAUUUUCUAGAUCAUGUUAACCCUCCAGGGUCCAACUCAACCCAGGAAAAUCCCACCAAUAGAAACCUUAGUCUCCAGACCUGUAAUGUUGGAUGGAAUUUGUGUAUCUCAUGAGUUGACUUAUACCAUAAAGUUAUGAUGGCUAUGAAGGAACAACAAUUUGUCAAUUUCUAAAAGCAAAUUGGACUGGAAAUAACCCCAAAAUAGAGCCUUCUGAUUGGCUGAAUGCAGAUGAGAGUCUGAUUAGCCUUUACAGCUGGAACUAACGCUGUAUUCCGCCUUUUGGAAGUCCCUGAAUUGAGGAGAGUAGUAAACUAUCUUUGCAAAAUGCAUGAAAAUCCUCAGUGAGACCUUUACAGUUAUUAUCACUUUAUGAUAGCAUAAUGAAAUGGAGCAACAAUUAUGUUUCAAAUAUUCAAAAUAUUUAUCAUGGGUUUGUUAAAUUUUAACUGUAUGUUGUAUAAAAAGGAAUUUUGUUGACUGUAAUACAUGUUUACAUAUUUGUUAAUCCGGGUACCUAGUGUUAUGUUAUGGGCUCAGUUAUUGCUCUGGGCACAGAGCCCGGGAUCACAGAUGUUGAUGAGAGUAGAGGAAUGUUUACAUCUUAACUCCAAAGGGUUAUAACUGUUGGCCAUUUUGGUAACAGUUCACAAUAGAAGUCUCUUCGGAUGAAUAGCUCAACUGUAGAUUUGCAUAAUGGAAUACUCAUCCUGAGUAAACACUACUUUUGUACAUGUGCGAAUGUUUUAGAUUACAUGUAGUUGGUGGGCCGAAAGAUUUGAAGUAAAUCUAUAAUAGUUUACCAUAUUUAUAUAGUAUUUGACAAUAAUUAUGGAAGGACUGUGAUAUGAUAGGUUAUUUUUAGCACUGCAGUAGAUUACCAGAAAUCUACUGUUUAUUUAACGGUUUUAGCACAGAUUCCACUUUGUAUAUUUCAUGCAAUUAUUUUGCUCACCUGUUUGUUGUUGUGUCGCUGGUGAAAUAAUCCGUCCACAGAAACACAUUUUUUCAGCUCAAGUGUGUCAAAUCUGUCCUUCAAAUUGUGUUGAGUAGAUUGGUGCACGUCUGUUUUCUGAGCUGCUGGUUUUUUCACAGUAUCACGCUGGACACUUAUUCCACGAGGUGGCUUGUAGUCCUGAGAAUGUAUGUAGUUGAAUGACUUGUAGACAUUCCAGCAUGUUCUGCCAUUUCUAAUAAAACGUGUGA